AGAAAGAGAGAGGGUCAACAAAAAGUCACAGUCGAACAAGAUACUGAGAAAGAAACGAAAUUUCACCUGGCACUGUCCUCGCGUGUACUCUCACGCGCCGACGUAAUACUCUGCCGUCGUCACCGACAUUGUCUCUACGCCGUUGUCAUUUGCUUAUUACGGCCAAGAUUCUUCACUAAGUAAGUCAAAAUCGUGGAAUCCUUUCUCUGUACCGAGCUCGCUUUAAACCCUAACCCUCUCGUCUCUGUACUUAGACGAGGCAAAUGAGAAGUUACAACUUGUUUCACGAAAGCAAUCCCACAAUCAGUUUUAGUUUUGUUGGUGCAGAAACGAUGGCACCUAAUCUGCAUAUCAAGAAAGCAUUUAUGGCUAUGAGGGCUAUGGGAAUAGAGGAUGCGCGAGUGAAGCCGGUCUUGAAAAACCUUCUCGCCCUUUACGAGAAAAACUGGGAGUUAAUUGCUGAAGACAAUUACAGGGUUCUUGCUGAUGCUAUCUUCGAUAGCCAUGAAGAUCAGGCUAUUCAAGAAAGCGAAGAAAAGAAGGCAGACGAAGUUAAAGAGGAUGAAGGCUGUGUAUGUUUUUUCCAAACAAUCUUCCAUUUAUUAGUUCAAUGUUGCUUUAUUAUCCAUGCUUCACUUUGUUGUUGAUCCAAUCUUUCAGGCCGCAGAAGUUGACAGAGGAAAGAAAAAGCUCCAUGAAUCUAUCGAGGAUGACGAAGAUGUUAUGGCUGAGUCUGAUCGCCCUUUAAAGAGGCUGCGACGCAGAGGUGAAGGAGGCUCUGCUUUGGCAAGCCCUAGCUUGGGCAGUCCGACUUUAGAGGGACCUUCAAUUAAUGACGAAGAAAAUGCUCCGAUCCUAUUGCCAUAUCAUCCUGUACCAAUUGAAAAUGACCAUGAUGCUGGUGAGCUCAUUCUUACAAAAGUCGAGCCCAUUACAAAUAUGCCUCUCAGUUCUAUUCCUGAUUCAGUAGAUAGAGGGGACUCUUCCAUGCUUGAGAUAGACAAAUCAAAUGGACAUGUGGAAGAGAAGGCUGGUGAAACAGUAAGUACUGCUGAUGGUACUACCAAUGACAUUUCUCCUACAACUGUUGCGAGAUUUAGUGAUCACAAGCUAGCUGCAACCAUAGAAGAACCUCCAGCACUUGAAUUAGCUUCUUCUGCUUCAGGCGAGGUGAAGAUUAAUCUUAGUUUUGCUCCUGCAACUGGAGGAUCAAAUCCCCAUUUACCUUCUAUGGAGGAACUACGAAGAGCAAUGGAGGAGAAGUGUCUCCGAUCAUACAAAAUACUGGACCCCAACUUUUCUGUGCUUGGUUUUAUGAACGACAUCUGUAGCUGCUACCUGGACCUGGCAACAAACGGGAGAGAUUCAGCUAACCAAUUGCCAAAAAACUUGCCGUUUGUCACAACGAACAUUGAUGCAUUGAAGAAAUCUGCAGCAAGGAUGGCUUAUACUUCUCAGGCCAGUAAUGAUGUUGUUGAAAUCUGCAGCAACGAACAUAUGCGUGAUGCUGAAAACGGUGCAGUUGGUGAUUCCAUGGCUUUGGUAGUUGUUCCUGAAUGCCAACUUUCUGCAGAUGAGUGGAGAUUGAUAAGCAGCGUCGGGGACAUCAGUCUAGGGAAAGAAACUGUUGAGAUUCCCUGGGUGAAUGAGGUCAACGACAAAGUUCCUCCAGUUUUCCAUUACAUAGCCCAAAGUCUUGUGUAUCAAGAUGCUGCAGUGAAGUUUUCGCUUGGGAAUAUCAGGGAUGACCAAUGCUGCUCCUCUUGCUGUGGAGAUUGCUUGGCUCCGUCAAUGGCAUGCAGAUGUGCAACUGCUUUUAAUGGCUUUGCAUACACAGUAGAUGGCCUCCUACAGGAAGAUUUUCUGGAACAGUGUAUCUCUGAGGCCCGUGAUCCGCGGAAACAAAUGUUACUGUAUUGCAAAGAAUGUCCUUUAGAGAAAGCCAAAAAAGAAGUAAUCCUGGAACCGUGCAAAGGGCAUCUAAAGAGAAAGGCCAUUAAAGAAUGUUGGAGCAAGUGUGGCUGCAUGAAGAAUUGUGGCAACCGAGUUGUCCAACAGGGCAUUCACAACAAGCUGCAGGUGUUUUUCACGCCCAAUGGGAGAGGCUGGGGACUCAGAACUCUAGAAAAACUGCCUAAAGGAGCAUUUGUCUGUGAGCUUGCUGGAGAGAUAUUGACCAUUCCAGAGUUGUUCCAACGCAUCUCUGACAGGCCUACUUCUCCAGUAAUAUUGGAUGCGUACUGGGGUUCUGAAGACAUUUCAGGGGAUGACAAAGCACUUUCUCUUGAAGGAACGCACUAUGGAAAUAUUUCCAGGUUCAUCAAUCACAGAUGCUUAGAUGCAAAUUUGAUUGAGAUCCCAGUUCAUGCGGAGACUACUGAUUCACACUACUAUCAUCUUGCAUUCUUCACAACAAGAGAGAUCGAUGCUAUGGAGGAACUUACCUGGGAUUAUGGUGUCCCAUUCAACCAAGAUGUGUUUCCCACGAGUCCGUUCCAUUGUCAAUGUGGUAGCGACUUCUGCCGAGUCAGGAAGCAGAUUAGCAAAGGCAAGAAUGUGAAGAAGCGAGCAUGAGAGAGAGCUUUACAUUGGUAGGUUUUGAAGAUAUGUGGUGGGCGCAAACUCCUUUUUGUUGUGAAUGAAUUGGCAAAAAAAUUCCAAUCGAAAAACGCUUUUUGUAAAAAAUUCCGACAAUGCAUAUAAGCAAAGUCGCGGUCCAUAAAAUAGGUAGGUAGCUAUCAGGAUGAAACUAUAAUCCUUAGAAACUGAUUCACUUUUGUGAUAUCAAAAACUCGUGUGAAUAUCUUAAUUUUGGUUCUAACGGCUAUGGCUUUUGGUUAUGACUUAUAUUGAAAGAUCUCUCUAUUUAUAUAAAUC